AUGGUCGCUGGCAUGGAGACGUUCAGGAGUGUCCCGAAUCAUGACUCGCACUUGACAUGGUGGCAGAACAAGGGUCUGCGCGAGCUGAACUUGCUGCUUCUUUGCGUUUUCGUCGCGCAGUUCUUGAACGGGUUCGAUAGUGCGCUGCUCAGCAGCUUCCAGUCCAUGGCGUCGUGGAAGACUUCUCUCGGUAACCCCGACUCAAGCAGGAUUGGUCUUCUCAAUGCGGCUAUGUACCUGUCUGGCAUCGUCAUCGCUCCCGUCGCUGCGUACGUCGCUGACAAGUGGGGUCGCAAGUGGUGCAUUCGCUACUCCUCCGCUGCGAACUUCAUUGGCACGGCUAUCGGUACGGCAUCUGGUGCGGGCUCCACGAGCGGCUAUGGCAUGUUCAUUGCCUCUCGAGUUAUCAUCGGCUCCGGUCUGGCGUUCGCGCUCAUGGUGUGCCCCAUCAUUCUGCAGGAGCUUCCUCACCCGAAGCACCGGACGUGGCUCGCGGGUUCCUUCAACAUCUCGUUCAUCAUCGGCAACUUCAUCGCGGGCUGGGUCACCUUCGGUUGCGGCUACAUCAAGUCUGACUGGGCGUGGCGCAUCCCCUACCUCAUUCACCUUCCUUUCGCGUUGUUGAUGAUGGUCCUGAUCAACUGGGUUCCCGAGUCGCCGCGUUGGCUCAUCAACAAGGGUCGCGAGGACGAGGCGCGCGCUCUGUUCGUCAAGUACCACGCUAACGGCUACGAGAACGACGAGCUCGUCGAGUUCGAGAUGGCCGAAGUCAAGGAGGCCAUCGUCCACGAGAAGACCUACAAGCAGGACUCGUGGAAGUCCAUCAUCUCGAACAAGAGCAGCCGGCACCGCAUCGGCUGUGUGAUGUUGAUUGCCAUCUGCCAGAAUCUGUCCGGCACCGCUAUCAUCGCGUACUACUACACGUCCAUCCUCAAGCUCGUCGGCAUCACCGACACCCCGACGCAAACGGGCAUCAACGCCGGCCUCACCUCCUUCACCGUCCUCAUGGCGCUCUUCGGCCUGUGGCUCACGCAGCGCGUCCGCCGGCGCCCGCAGCUCCUCUCCACCUGGGCCGCCGUCAUCCUCGCGAACAUCGGGCUCAUCGUCUGCACGGCCGAGUACACGAAGACGGGCAAGACGGGCGCGGGCAUCGGCGCCGUCGUCUUCGUCUGGCUCUACAACGGCGCGUUCUUCGUCAGCUGCGGGUCCAUCUUCUUCUCGUACCCGGCGGAGGUGCUGCACUACUCGAUCCGCGCCAAGGGCAUGAUGGUGUGGACGAUCACGGCGAAGUGUCUCUCGGUGUUCAGCGCGUACACGAACCCGGUGGCGAUGUCGAACAUCGGCUGGAAGUGGUACACCUUCUACACGUGCAUCCUCGUCAUCACCGGCGUCUGUCUCUUCCUCUUCAUCGUCGAGACCAAGGGCCGCACGCUCGAGGAAAUCGGUCAACUCUUCGACGGCGUCCCGCUCGAGGCCGCCCAGCACCCGGGCCACACCAUCGACGAGCUCAAGAAGGACUCGACGACCGUCAACGUUUCCGCGGCAGAGUCGCUGGAGAAGGUCUGA